AUGCCUAUUCAACUUCUGUGUCUGGGAAACCCUCUGCUCGAUCUGCAGGCCACUGUUGAUGAAGAAUACCUCAACAAGUACGGAUUGAAGGCCAAUGACGCCAUUCUUGUUGAAGAAAAGCACAUGCCUAUCUACGACGAGGUUCUUGCCAAGGACGAUGUUGUCAUUAUCGCCGGUGGUGCUGCCCAGAACGCUGCCCGUGGCGCUGCAUACAUGCUCCCGGAGCACACUGUUGCUUAUUUCGGCUCUGUGGGCCGUGAUAACUAUAGUAAGCUCCUUCUCGAAGCCAAUGAGGCUGCCGGCGUCGUCACCCACUACAUGUUCCAGGAUUCUAUCCCUACUGGCAAAUGCGCUGCUCUUUUGACUGGCAUCAACCGUUCUUUGGCUACCGAUCUUGCUGCUGCUAACCACUACAAGCUUGAGCAUAUGAAGCAGCCUGAGAACUGGAAAUUGGUCGAGGAGGCCAAGAUUUUCUACGUUGGUGGUUUCCAUCUGACUGUCUGCCCCCCUGCCAUUCAGGCACUUGGUGAGCAUGCUGCUGAGACCAACAAGAUCUUCUCCAUGAACUUGAGUGCUCCCUUCCUGCCCCAAUUCUUCAAGGAGCCUCUUGACGCUUCGUCCCCGUACUGGGACUAUUUGAUCGGUAACGAGUCUGAGGCUGCCGCCUAUGCCGAGUCGCACGGUCUCGAGACCACUAGUGUCACUAAAGUUGCAGAGCACAUUGCUCUGCUGCCCAAGAAGAAUCUCAAUCGCCCCCGUGUUGUUGUUUUCACUCAGGGCCUUGACGAUACUAUCGUUGUUGUGGGUGAUGUGGCUAAUAACACUGUCAAAAUUCACACUGUUCCCGUUCAUGUUCUUCCUGAGACCGAUAUUGUUGACACCAACGGUGCUGGCGAUGCAUUCGCUGGCGGCUUCCUCGCUGGUCUCGUCGAAGGUAAGGAUCUAGAUACUUGCGUCGAUAUGGGCCAGUGGCUCGCCAAGGAGUCUAUCCAGCAAGUCGGUCCCUCUUUCCCUGCCAAGAAAGUUGCCUACAAGCGUGUUUAA